CGUCAAUAUUAUGUAGAAUCAUUGUUUCUGUCCCAAGAGAUCCAGUCUGCGGAGAAUAAAGGUUUGUCGAGAUAGUGUGGAGUGGUCGUCGUUAUAGUCUGUGGAAGUCCCGGCCACCCAAUAAGACAAGCAUACAUUCGCUUACACAUAAUCCGCCAUACACGUGACUACCUGCGGGAAGCCUUUGCACUUGCAACAAAACAUUAUGAGAUCACCAGGGUCGCGCGGUAGGGCAAACUAGUCUGCAAAUACUGUCUACCAAUAACAAUCCCUCUCGCAAAAAAAAAAAAGGGGAGCAGAUUAUGUUUACGAAGCAAUCUGUGGACCUCGCACUCUUUAAACGAUCUAGUUACUAGGUUUUGCCAGGUAUUGAAUCGAGAUUUUGCCAUGCCGUCGCGUCGGUCUCACCGCAAAUCUCGCCACGGAUGCAUUGCUUGCAAACGGCGACGGGUUAAGUGCGAUGAGCGUCGACCCGAAUGCGCGAACUGCAAGAAUCGAAACACCCCCUGCUUUUACGCUCCAAAGGACCCUGAGCAGUUGCCUCGCUCGAAUACCGAGGAGUCGUCUCCUGGAUUAUCGUCAAGCCAUAUUCCGGCUCAGACCAAGGCGCCAUGCAGCUUGCAUUGUCCCUCUCCGGGGUGGAUGCACGGCAGUGAACCUCUUCCACAAGCCCCAGAAUUAAACCUUCGCGACAUGGAACUUCUUCUCCACUGGUGUUCAUCGACAUACGCUACAAUGGCCCAUAAUAAACAGGCCGAGCAUAUAUAUCAAUACGUCCUGCCUAGGGAAGGCCUGGAGUACCCGUUUGUUCUGCAUGGCUUGCUCGCAUUGUCUGCACUGCAUAUGGCAAGGACUGGCGAUCAAAUUCCCAGAUCGCACUACUUCUCGAUUGCCUUGGAGCAUCAAAACCGUGCGCUCGCGUUAUUUCGACCUGUAGUACUUUCCAUCAACCGUGAGAACAGCCAUACUGUAUUCGCUUUCGCCGGUGUACUUUUCCAACUAGCGUUCGCCAUGUCGCCAUGUUCGCCGUUCGCAGACACUUAUGACUCCAUCCGGGAUCUUAUCCAGGCAUUCACCCUUUGCAGAGGGCUUCGUGAGAUCAUAGGCGCAUCGUGGGGCUGGGUUAAAGAAGGGAAGUUCGCGGACAUGUUAGUGAAUGUGGAUGACACCAAACAUUGGCCUCUGCCUGAGGCCGUUCAGGCAGCCAUCUCACAUCUCGAGAGCCUCAACCAGUAUCGAAGGAGCGAAAUCGCCCACCAUGACGCUGAUUGCUACGGUUCGGCUAUUAGCCAUUUGAAAGACAUGAUGGAAAUCUACCAGGACAAGCCGCGUCGAGUUGAGCUCGCCCUGCGAUGGCCUUUCGGUCUUGAACCAAAGUAUCUCGAUUUGCUGAAGGACCAUGACCCAAUGGCUCUCGUUAUACUAGCUCAUUAUUGCCUGGUACUGCAUCAUUUCAGACACCAUUGGUGGAUGGAAGGGUGGAGCUCCCAUGUCGCCCGUGGUGUUUGGGAUCAUCUCGACGAGUAUUGGAGACCAUAUGUGUCCUGGGUUGUGAAGGAGAUAGGAUUGGAUGUGUGAAUGCGGUUGACCACACAGCCCUGGUUUGCCGCUCUCGGCGAUUCCUCUCCCCAGCCUAAAUCAAGUUUGUGAACCGCAUCUCGUGUGCUGAAUUUGCCGUUACUUGCUGUAAUGGAUGAAGAUGUUAGUUGU